GGUGUAUAUAAAUGGAGGCCAAUGGGCAUUCACAAUCCCACGGUCUGCUAGUGCUUCAUCACCAGCUGCCUUCAACCCAGCAAGCCUGCAGUCAUGGCGUUCAACGGAACCUGGAAGGUCGACCGCAACGACAACUAUGACAAAUUCAUGGAGAAAAUGGGCAUUAAUGUCAUGAAGCGCAAGCUGGCAGAGCAUGACAACCUAAAGGUCACCAUCGAACAGACGGGCGACAAGUUUCACAUCAAAGAGUCCAGCACCUUCCGGACUAAGGACAUUGACUUCACCCUGGGCGUCCAGUUCGAUUACACCAUGGCUGAUGGCACUGAACUCUCAGGUAUGUGGGAGCUGGAGGGUGACCUGCUGAAAGGCAAAUUCACCAGGAAAGACAACAACAAGGUCCUGACCACCACUAGAGCUCUGGUGGGAGGAGAGCUCGUACAGAGUUACAACUACGAGGGAGUGGAUGCUAAGAGGAUUUUCAAGAAGCAGUAACCUGGAGUCUGAAGUUCAUGUUUUAUUUUUACAUAGAUGACAUGAUAGAUUUGUGUGUGUUUUUUCUAACAAUAAGGCAAGGCAAGUAAAAUGUAUUCUUAUGGGAUUCUACUUCAUAUACCUCAAAAAUGUUGAUGUUUCCCAGAGUUUUAUAAGUGGAAUAGUUGCUCAGAGCAUUGCACUAUAAUUACAUAUGUCAAAAUGUCCAGAAAACUAAAUAUGUACCCAGAAACUAGUGACAUAAACACGUUAAGUGGGUUCAGACGAAGAUGCUAUACUUGAAUUUUGCUAUACAGGCAGGUAGGUGAAUAAAAUCAACAAAAAAAAGUACAGUAUAAAAGGAAGCUUAGCAAACUGAGGGAGAACAUAUGUCACCAUGUCAAUCUAAUGUGCCUUAGAAAGAAUUUUAACAAGCAGUAUCCAAGAAAUCACCGAUAGAUAGUUUAGGUUUUUCUUAGAUUUUUGCUCUGACUUUGAGAUAUUUGCCACCCUGAUACAAAAAGAGGAUGAUUGAAUUUGAUUUGUGCUUCUCCCUGCAUUGAAAAGAAACAAAAGCCAUUUAAAAUGUUCAACUGCAGCUCAUCUCUCCAGAAACAAUGUCCCAGUUACCCACGAUAACCCACAGAACAAGCUGUCAACAGUUUUCAGAGGGCCUACUUCAUUAGUACAACGUGGUUCCAGUGAAAACUGUCCACUUGUUUGUGGAUUAUCCAAGGUAACGGGUGCAUUGUUUCCAGAAAUAUGUGCUACUGUUGAAUUUCUCAAAUGGCAUUCUCAAUGCAACACCUCUAUUGUUUUGGGGUGGAGGCAAAAAAAUCUCAAAUAUCUCAAAACUUACUCUUCAGAGAUGGACCACGGCUCACCUAAACUUGACUUCAAGUUACUGUUAACUGCCUGAAAACAGCAGCGUUUACUAGACCUCAUCAUUGUGAUGAAAAGCAGCACAACAACGACACCACAUGAACACAUGGAUAUUGUAGAUGACGUCUUUAGACAUGAGUUGAUUUGCACUAAUGGUUCUUAUAUCUAGUCUGUAACAAUAAAGCUUUUUUUGCGUGUGUGUCA